AUGCGGGCCAGCGCACCGGUGCUGGUGCUGGUGCUGGUAAUGGUGGUUGUGGGAAGUGCACUCGUCUUCUCGGGAGGAGUUCAUCAUGGGUCGCAAGAAAUUCAAAUAUCUCGUAUCACCGACGAGCGCAACAGACAGGUAACGUUUAACAAGCGCAAGUUCGGCGUGAUGAAGAAGGCGUACGAGCUGAGCGUGCUGUGCGACUGCGAGAUCGCGCUCAUCAUCUUUAGCUCGUCCAAUAAGCUGUAUCAGUACGCCAGCACCGACAUGGAUAAGGUUCUGCUCAAGUACACAGAGUACAACGAGCCGCACGAAUCGCUGACCAACCGAAACGUGAUCGAGGCGCUGAACAAGAAGGAACACAAGAACGGCGGUCUUAGUCCCGAGAGCCCCGAGCCGGAGGACUUCCUGGCGCCGCGCGCCGACCCCAAGUACAGCAAGAUCGAGGAGGAGUACCAGGUGCUGAUGCAGCGUAGCAACCAGCUCAACGGCAACAGGGUGGGCCUGUCCCUGGGCGGGUAUCAGCUGGGCGGCGGAGGCGGCGGCAGCAGCGGGACAGGCGGCGGUGGC